AUGCAGUUACCCACCAGCAAAUACUUUUUGUUAACAGUGCCCGAGCCCCACAUCCUACUCAUCACUAUCAACCGUCCUAAACAACUUAACUCGCUCAACCCGGAAGCCAACCGAGAAAUGGACAGCUUGCUCGACUGGGCUGAAGAAAACAAUGACAUUUGGUGCAUUAUUCUUACAGGUGCCGGUAAUCGAGCUUUUUGCACCGGCAUGGAUCUUGUCAGCAUGAAUAGCGAGCGAUCAUCAUCGUCGGACGAUGACGGUGGUAUGUCACCUGAAUCCCUUUUGCCUAAAAAUGGCUUUGGUGGAUUGGCAAAUCGUCGAGUAGCUUUGAAGCCCAUUAUUGCUGCAGUAGACGGAUUUGCACUUGGAGGUGGCACGGAAUUAACUUUGGCAUGCAACAUUGUGGUGGCUACCAAAAAAUCCAUUUUUGGAUUACCAGAAGCCAAGCAAGGUGUUGUUGUUGCUGGAGGUGCAUUGGCACGUUUGGCACGUGCUGUCAGUUACCAAGUCGCUAGCGAAAUCACGCUCACGGGUCGCCAAUACAGUGCUGAGGAAUUCAAAAACUAUGGCCUUGUUAAUCAAGUCGUGGAUGACAACGUGGUAGAAGCCGCUAUGGUUUGGGCACGUAAGAUUGUGGCAAACUCCCCAGAUGCUCUGUUCGUCACCAAAUACGGCAUCAUGCUUGCAUUGGAUCAAGGGUCUCUUGUUGGAGCAACAAGCAAAUGGUUGGCUUCCGAAGAGGCUGCUGCAUGGCGUAAUGGAGAUAAUCUUAGUGAAGGCCUGGCUGCCUUUGCUACAAAAAGAAAACCUGUGUGGAGCAAUCCCACUCUUGGAAGAAAAAGUCGUUUGUAG